ACGUACAAAGACUUGCAAAUAAACGGAAAAUCCUUCGCAUCAAAUAACAAUAACAAUAAAGAAAAACACCAAAAUAAACAAAUGGCUAAAUAAGCUAGUUUUCUUUUAAACGCUGCUUCUUAGUUGUAGAUAUCGCCAGCCUUAAAUUUAGUGGAGUUUAAGUUAAUAUUCUUCUUUACAAAUAUUCCUGAGUGCAAAUAGCAAAAUUCUUGUUAAAUAUACUCCCGAAACAGGAAGUGAACAUUUAAAACAAGACCUACAAUGCAAGCCAAAGGCGACGAAGAGCAAGAGCAAACCAUUGAUUUUUUGCAAAAAUGGUUUGAAGACAAUCCAAAAUUGCCAAAUAAAAUUGAUCGAAUACUAUUGACCCGAUUUUACUAUUGCAUGUACAAAAACGUUGAAGAGACCAAAAAUCUAUUAGAGAUAAAUUAUACCAUACGUAAUGAUUAUCCACAUAUCUUUAUUGAUCGCGAUCCCACUGACGAAGAUACGGCCAAUACAUUUGCCUAUGCGGAUAUGGUGCCACUACCAGGCCUAACACCGGAAAACUAUCGUAUGACCUUUUUACGCCUUUGUGAUCCCGAUCCUAAAAUGAUGCACCACACCGAAGAUACCAAGGCAUUUCUAAUGAUCACCGAUUGUCGUUUCGCCAUGCCCGAUAUUGUGGAUGGUGAUAUGCCAUUACUGUCCGAGGGAGAAGUACAAAUAUUCGAUAUGAAUGGCUAUACAAUGAAACAUGUUACCCGUUUGUCAAUUAGAACUUUGCGAACUUAUUUGAAGUUUUUACAGCAGGCAUUUCCGGUGCGCAUCAAGGCCAUGCACAUGAUCAACUGCCCUUCAUAUUUGGAUAAAAUGUUAAGGGUGGUUAAACCAUUUAUAAACAAGGAAGUUUUUGAUCUGAUACAUUUUCACACAACCGGUCUAGAGACAUUAUACGAUCAUGUGCCCAAGGAUAUGUUGCCCAACGAGUAUGGUGGCAACGCUGGAAGUUUAAGCGAUUUAAAGGAGCAGUUUAACAAAACUUUAUUGGAAAAGAGAGACUACCUCAUGGACCCAAACCAAUGGCGAAUAGAUAAUAUCUAGAUGUUAUGUAUUAUUUAAAAAGUAUUUUGUACUACUUGUUUCUGUAUUAAUUGUUAAUUGUUUUAUAAAUGUUGUUAAAUAUUUCUUUUAUACAAGUUUGUGUAGAAUAAAAUAAGUGUUCAA